AUGGCGUUUUCUAAAGUUAAGUUUCGUUUGUGUCUGUUGGCGUUAACUCUUUUUCUUGCUUGUGUGUCUGUUGGUUUGGGUGCUGAGGGUGAGAGCCUUGGCAGCGGGGUUGGGGUUGACAAUGGAUGUGUGAAUGGGUGUCAGGAGUUGAAGGGGAAGAAUCUGGAUGAGUAUGCUGCUUGCGAGAAGAGAUGUGGAGUGAACCAAGAGGUGACUGAGAUUUGUCGACAAUGGUGUCAAGUGAUGGAGCCGCAUGGGGGGGAGCAGCAGCAACGUAGGUGUCGACAGGAAUGUGAGGAACGGUUGAGGGACCAAAAGCAGGGGGAGGAUGUUGAGGAUAAAUGGAGAGAUCCUGAGAGAGAGAGAGAGGAGCAACGUCGGAGGGAACACGAGCGGGAAGAACGACGUCGUCGUGAGCGUGAGAGAGAACGCGAGAGGGGUAGGGGUCAUCGCGAUGAGAAUGAUAGAGAUCCUGAGCGUGAACGAGAAGAGAGGCGUAGGGAGGAACAACGGAGAGAGCAAGAACAACGCCGUAGAGAGCAAGAACGAAGAGAGCGAGAACGUAGAGGCGAAAGGGAGGAUGAAGAGGAAAACCAAAGGGGCCCAGAUUGGCGCAGGGAGCAGGAACGCAGAGAGCAAGAGCGACGUCGAAGAGAGCAGGAGCGAGAACGCCGAGAACGCGAACGAAGAGGCGAAAGGGAGGAUGAAGAGGAAAACCAAAGAGACCCCGAUCGGCGCAGGGAGCAGGAACGCAGAGAGCAAGAGCGACGUCGAAGAGAGCAGGAGCAAGAGCGCCGAGAACGCGAACGAAGAGGCGAAAGGGAGGAUGAAGAGGAAAACCAAAGAGACCCCGAUCGGCGGAGGGAGCAGGAGCGCAGAGAGCAAGAGCGACGUCGUAGAGAGCAGGAGCAAGAGCGCCGAGAACGCGAACGAAGAGGCGAAAGGGAGGAUGAAGAGGAAAACCAAAGAGACCCCGAUCGGCGGAGGGAGCAGGAGCGCAGAGAGCAAGAGCGACGUCGUAGAGAGCAGGAACAAAGAGAACGUGAAUGGGAAAGAGAGCAUGGGAGAGGGGGGUCUCAAGAAAGGAGACGAGGAGGACAAGAAGAGGAGAUAAGUAGAAAAGAAGAAUGGGAACGUGAAGAACGACGGAGAGAACGACAACAUGGUGGAAGAAGCCGUGCCAAUGAAGUGAAUAGUCGAUGGACAGAGCAAGAACAGAGCCACAAUCCCUACUACUUUCAGGAGCGUCAGUUUCAAUCGAGGUUCAGAUCCGAUCAGGGCCAAUGGAGGGUGUUAGAGAGGUUUUCAGAGAGGUCGGAGCUUUUGAGAGGACUUAAGAACCAGCGAUUAGCAAUUCUUGAGGCCCGCCCUCAGACUUUCAUCAUCCCUCACCAUAUAGAUGCAGAAUCUGUUCUUUUUGUUGUAAAAGGAAGAGCAACCAUCACUACGAUUGUCCAGGAAAGAAAGGAAACUAGGAAAGAGUCCUAUAAUGUUGAACGCGGAGAUGUUGUAACGAUUCCAGCAGGGACAACUGUUUACUUAGCAAACCAAGAAAAUGAAGAUCUCCAAAUCGUUAAAUUGAUUCAGCCCGUCAACAAUCCUGGGGAAUUCAAGGAUUAUCUUUCCGGCGGAGGUGAAGCUCAAUCAUAUUAUAGUGUUUUCAGCAAUGAUGUUCUCGAAGCUGCUCUAAACAUUCCACGUGAUAGACUAGAGAGGAUAUUCAAGCAACGAGGCGAGAGAAGAGGAAAAAUCAUAAGGGCUUCACAAGAGCAACUAAAAGCGUUGAGCCAACGUGCCACUUCCGUAAAAAAAGGUGGUCGAGGAGCUAGAUCUCUAAUCAAGCUAGAAAGCCAGUCCCCUGUUUACAACAAUCAAUAUGGUCAAAUGUACGAGGCUUGCCCUGAUGAGUUCCCCCAACUUCGGAGAACUGACGUUGCCACGUCUGUCCUUGAUAUCAAACAAGGUGGAAUGAUGGUGCCCCACUUCAACUCGAGAGCCACAUGGGUUGUCUUUGUUUCAGAAGGAACUGGAUCAUUCGAGAUGGGCUGCCCUCACGUACAAGGAAGUCAGUGGCAACGAGGAAGGAGAGAGGAAGAACGACAAUGGAGAAGGGAAGAAGAAAAGGAACUAUCAGAUGAAAGAAGCGGUCGAAUCGAAAGAAUCGCCGGACGUCUAUCACAGGGUGGCGUACUCGUAAUCCCGGCAGGUCAUCCAAUCGCCAUCAUGGCUUCUCCUAAUGAAAAUCUCCGCUUGGUCGGCUUUGGAAUCAAUGCCGAAAACAAUAAAAGAAACUUCCUCGCCGGGAGAGAGAACAUAAUGAACGAAGUAGACAGGGAAGCAAAAGAACUUACCUUCAACGUAGAAGGAAAGCAGGCAGAAGAGACUUUCAAAAGCCAGAAAGAAUCCUUCUUCACAGAAGGGCCGGAAGGAGGUCGUCGAAGGUCGACGGAGACGGAGAGAACCCCGUUGUUUUCGAUCCUGAAACUGGCCGGUUACUUCUAAAAAGGGAUCAGAAGGAAGGAAGAACGAAGAAGAAAGUUAUGAAUGUUGUACUAAAUAAGAGGCGACGGCUUACGAAUGAAUAUAAAUAACGAAAUCGUAUGAAAAAAAGGAGGGAACUUUUUUUUUUCUUUUUUCUUUUUUCUUUUUUGGGAGUUUGUCUUAAAAAGAAGAAGGGGAGCUUUUUGUACGAUCAUUAGGGCUUCAAAACAGUGUAAAAAUUAUGUAUAAAUAAUAUCAUCAUAAUAAUAGUUGUCUUCUUUUUAUUAAAAUGAAA